UUUUUUCAUCCUUCAGGGCCCAGGACAAGUCCACCCUCCUGUGCAGCCCGCCUUGGCCUUGUGAGGGCGGCGACCAGGGAGCCACAUCCGGAGUCGGGGAUUCCCCAAGGGUCUGCACCACCUGCCUGGCCUCGGCUGUGCUCCUCUCUAGGGACUUUCUGCUCCGUCGUGUCGUCUUGUUUGGUCUUCACAGCCACUCAGAGUCUUGAACCCCACCCUUUCCCUGAUUUCUGUCUGGAUCUACCCAAUUUCAGCAUCACAGGUGCUCAGGUUCUGAGUUACCGCAACCCCCUUCUCCCACCUGGUCAGUCUCAGCCUUUGGCUGACCGCUGGCCAACAUGGUCCAACCCCAGACAUCAAAAGCUGAAGCCCCAGCCUCUGCCGCUUCUACCAAUGCCCAAAUGGAUGACGUCAUUGACACCCUGACCUCCCUGCGCCUCACCAACUCUGCGCUGAGGCGGGAGGCCUCGACGCUGCGCGCAGAGAAGGCCAAUCUCACCAACAUGCUGGAGAGCGUGAUGGCAGAGCUGACGUUGUUACGCACCAGGGCUCGGAUUCCGGGGGCACUGCAGAUCACCCCGCCUAUCUCAGCCAUUACCUCAAACGGGACCCGGCCAAUGACCACGCCUCCGACCUCUCUGCCGGAGCCCUUUUCCGGAGACCCAGGCCAGCUGGCGGGGUUCCUGAUGCAGAUGGACCGGUUCAUGAUCUUCCAGGCCUCCCGCUUCCCAGGUGAGGCCGAGCGCGUGGCGUUCCUUGUGUCCCGGCUGACCGGAGAGGCAGAGAAGUGGGCGAUCCCCCACAUGCAACCGGACAGUCCCUUGCGAAACAACUAUCAGGGAUUUCUGGCAGAGUUGCGGAGAACCUACAAGUCUCCACUCCGGCAUGCGCGGCGCGCCCAAAUCAGAAAGACUUCAGCCUCCAAUCGAGCCGUGCGGGAACGGCAGAUGCUCUGCCGCCAGCUGGCCACCACCGGCACAGCGCCCUGCCCAGUGCACCCAGCCUCCAGCGGGACGAGUCCGGCUCCGGCCCUGCCCACCCGAGCACGGAACCUUUAGGAAUCGGCCACCACUCGGGUCGCAUUUGCAGCCACCCAGGUAGCCUACCCACUUUGCUGCGUAGAAGACACGUCCAUACAACAGCAUCGCCCCUUUUGAAGACGUCCCUUCCUGUCUCUCCAGACCUGGUCCAUAAGGACAUCUUCCUUCAGCACUCUUGGGUGCCUUGUGACUCCCCGGCUUGCUUCCUGGUACUGUGUGCCAGCUUUGUAUCUGCAGUGCAUGUUUCCCUCUCUCGCUUGCAAUUCCGGCUCUUCUUGUGACCACAGCUCAGCUACUGGGUCCCCUCGACCCCACAACACGCUGGGGACCAUGUGGGCCGAACUGCCCCAGCCUGACUAGGCUCACGGAGGCUCCUUCUCCAGCCUCUGCAGGCCCUGCUGCAGCUCCCCACCUGGCUGCCCUGUUCUCAGUGAUGAGCUCACUGAUGACGGAGAGAAGCUGCUCUGGCCAGGCCAGUGGCUUAGUGGGGGUACCUGGAGAGGGGAGUCUGGCUUCCCGCCCACAGGCAAUUGCCAGCCCUGUGGGGCCCACUAUAGCAGGCAGGCGCCUCGUCUCAGCUGUCAGUGGCCAAGUGAUCACUGCUGGGGGUAUAUCCUGGCAUCUCUAGGGGGCAGGCCUCGCUCUGCACGUGAAUAUGCAGUCAGUAGGCCCCACGGUUGCGACUGGGGAAGACUCAUAAUGCAGCCCUGGGGGGAGCCCUGGGGGAUGCACCUCUGUUAAUGCCUGGCUCUAGCUGCCGGUGCUCCGAUAGUGCCAGGAAUUGUGGGGUAUCUGGAACAUGCCUGCUGAGAAGGUCAUUGUGACUUUGGAUCACCGGGCAGUUCCAUCAAGUCUCCAUCCAUGCCUGAGCCCCCAGCAGGCCGAAGGGUGGGGUCUCGGGCUCCCUUUGCUCCCCGGGACCCCAGCGGUAGGGUGCGGUCCCCCACCUCUGCCCCAUGGUACUCCGUGGUGGACCUGUCUAGCUUGAGACUUGUUCACUUCUCUGUUCGGGUGACAUGCGGUCUUCACCUGAGCCCCUUCAGCCAUACACGUGGUCUCUAGGUCUCCAAAGCCUCUAUGUAGCCUGCCUCCCAAGGCCUGGGUUGUCCAUCAGGUGUCCAGCCUUUGUCCAAGGAAACAUGGACUCAGAGCCGGAGACCCAGCUUUCCUGGGCUGCAUCAUUAAACCCUGAGGCAGGAGGGUGUCUGCCGGUGGCAGUCCCAGCCAGGGCCUCGCUGGCAUCUGUAGAGGGCCACGCUGUGGACUGCCCCGGUCCUGAUGCGGUGACAGUGCAGCACCGGCACUCAGUCCUAGUUCCGGGGGACAGAGCUGUGCCUCUUGGUAGCGAUGGCCCUGGGCUCCCUCCCAGGGGAUGCCCAGAGUCACCUUCUAAAUGAGACUUGGCCGAGCCCUUGGACUGUGAUGCCCCUGCCGUGUUUCAGUGCCAAACGAACCACGUUUCCAUGACCACCUGGGCCAUGGGGAGACGAGCUGUCUUACCCUGGGUUCACCCACCCGGUUCUGACUGGUCCCAGCCUGACUGCCGAACACAGCCUCUGUGCCCAACCGAGGACUGCGUCUUGGGGUACCCAGAGGCUGGGUCCUAGAGCCCAUCUCCUCUUCCUAAGAGUUUUGACGAUGCUGGGGAAAGUGGCUGCGUUCCUGAAGCAACUGCUGCCUACAGGGUCAAGGAUGUCCAGUGGUUGCUGGGGUUCGUGGACCACUGCCACCGUUCAUCGUAAACUCUUGUUAGCCCAAUUGCCCUGCUGAACAACUGCCUGAAUUCAGGCUUCAAGCCCCCCUGGAUUCCAGCCGAGGCUGUUCAGGCGGGACCAUGGUGCUCAUUAAGCAUGAAGUGGGGGAGGACACACAGUGAGGCUGCUGUUCUGGUGGGUGGGACCUCUGGUGGGGGGUGCGGACCACUUGCGCUUUGUGCUCAGUUCUCUUCUGCGUGCCUGCCAGGUAGAGGGCCCGCAGAGGAAGGGGUCCAGUGACACCUGGGGUAAAGGAGGCCUCCAGGGGUAACUGACACCUUGAAGUUUUCCACGUGGCCUGGCCCCACCGGGGUGGGAGGCCCAGCACAGGAGCAGGGCAGGACUGCUCGCCAGCCCCUGGGGCUACCCGAGUGGUCUUUACGAUCCCUACCCUGUUUGCAUCAAGCGCUGCGUUUCCGUUGUAAGGCUGCACGUAACCAGGGCCGGAGCCGCUCCUCCGAGGCUGGCAUGCUGCCUGUCCGUCCCCACCACCCGGUGGCCUGGCCCUCCCCGGGUGGGCUGCCGCCCACGCAGGCCGCUCCAGCUUCGUUGUGCUUGGUGACGCGGCUGUGUUUUGCCUGCUGGUGCUUACGGGCUUGGGACUGGUGCUGUACGUCCGCGACCUUCGUGACAGCUUCCCGCAACUUUGGAAGCGGGGGUAGGUGAGGGGCUCGGGGUCGCCGCCACACUGCACCUGGAGGAAGCCCCACAUUGGGAGCCCCUGGUGGCCCUAGUGGAAGACAGCCUGGACCCCAGCUAAAGAGGGUGAGACCCAAGCUCCACGUGACCCAGCAUAAGACCACGUGACCAGGAGGAUGGGUGGGAGACGGCGGCGGAGGAGGGGAGCUGCUUUGUACAUAUGUGGGGCUUGCGAUUUCUCUAAAUUUAAGAGAACAGUUACCGAUUUAUAAAAGAGACAGGCAGUUAGUAGUGUGAAACGGUGCAUGUGAGGGAAAGCUUUAUGUUUUUCAUAGUGUUGCCUUUUGGACUAUAUUGUGUCUGUUUCCUGGUCUGUGUGGUACCCCAUCUGGUAAUUCAGCUUCAUUGCAUAACGGCAUCGUUUGAGAUCAGAUUUAGAAUCAGGGGUAACUUCUGGCCUGAUGUAGUGUGAUCUUGGGAUUCACUUCAUGUCCUAAAGCAUUUCGGUAACUUCUAGGAAAGAGCAGACACCCAGCUCAUUGGUCCCAGGUGAGUAUGUAGUGAGUAAGAAAUGACACAGAGUGCAGGGCACCCCGUGAAGGUGCAGGUGGGCACCCCGUAAGAUGCAGGCAAGACUUCCCUGAUGCGCUAGCUGCUGUGCUCAGAAGAGGAACAGAACCAGUGGCUCGGUGACCACGAGCGUGACAAUUUGGCCUUUAGGAGAAUGAACAAAUGUGGGGAGAGGCUGGGGAUGUACUCAGGGUACCUGCAGGGAGGAGCCGCAUGAGUGUGAAAGGACCCACACAGGGGCGAGCGACCAGGGGUGGGGUUUGGGUGGGGAGAGGGGGGAGAGAGCUUUGGGGACGUCCUUCUGUCUCGCAGCCAGAGCUGUGAGGCCACAGUCCCCUCUGCUCGGGAAGCCUUAGGUUAGGGGCUUAGAGGUGAAGACGCAAGCUGGGGCCCUGGAGGAGGAAGCCAGAGCAGAUUGUUGGGCCGGCAGCAAGAGCUGGCCAGUGUGGGGAGAAGACGGGCUCGGACGGCCCCAUCACCCACCACGCGUGUGAAGUCCUGUCUCGGGGUCCCGACGUGGGGUGCGGUGCUUGGCACAGCGCAGACGCAGUAGAGGAGGCGGGGUAACACCAGCUCCUUGCUGCAGCAUCACGAGCUGCUCUCCGUAAACAAGCAGCAACGCACUAGUUCUUUUCAUGAUCAAAGCCAACCUACCCGUUACAGGAAUUUUGGAAAAUAAAGUAGUAGAAAGAGAAAAAGUUUUAACGUUUUGGUGUGUCUCCUUCCAGUCUCCCUCGCUCCACCCCUCCCCCAAUCAUGGUUUCUCUGCUUGUUUUAACACAGUUGUGGUCCUACCUUCUGUAACGAUGCAGUGUCGUGUAGCUGUUUCCACUUGCAUCGCUGGGCAUUCCCCCCAUGUUAUUACUGAUUUUAUUUUGAAAUGGCUGUGCGCUCCUCCAUCAAGCAGUGCCAAUGGUUGGUCACCAGUGCUGUUACUAAUUUUUCACUGUUAGAAAUCGAUGAAUGUCUUUGUGUAUAAAGCUUUUCCCAAUGUCAAGUUAUUUCCUUAGGAUAGAUUCUCAGACGUGGGAUUAUUGAGUUAAAGAAUAUGAAAGCCUAUAAGGCUCUUAUUACACAUUGAUGAACGGUCUCCAGAAACGUCUGUAUCCAUUUACACUGCCACCAGCGAGGACGGAUGUGCCCAUUUUACUAUCUCGCCGGCACUGGCUAAGUAUUUGCUAAUCUGAUCAUAAAAAAUACCAAUGAAUUUUAGUUUGCCUUUUUUUUUUGAUUUCUAGCAAAGUAGAACAUCUUUUCAUGUUAAGCAGUUGUGUUUCUUUUGUGGGUUGUCGGUGUCCUUUGCUCGUCCCUCCUGGGGUCUGAUAAAUUUGUAUCAGCUCAUUAUAUAUUAAAGAUGUUAACCUGUUGUGUGUCA